AACAUUAAACUCUUGAAAAAGAAGGAGAGAAGAGGUAACAUAACAGAACAUUAUAUGAUUGCGCGUGUGUGGGUGGUGUUGUGGUGUGUUGUGUUGUGUGGGUUUAUGAGAGAGCAUGGGAAGGGUUUUUGUUCUUGAUUUGGAUGGCAGAUCUUACGGAUGCAGAUUAUGCGAUACCCCUCUUGCCCUCGCUGAUAACAUUCUCUCUCGGAACUUCAACUGCAGUCGAGGGAGAGCAUACCUUUUCAGCAAUGUGGUGAAUAUAACCCUUGGGCCUCAGGUGGAGAGAAUGAUGAUGUCUGGAUUGCACACAGUUGAAGACAUAUUUUGUUGCUGCUGUGGACAAAUUCUUGGAUGGAAAUAUGUUCUAGCACAUGAAAAGAAUGAAAUGUACAAAGAAGGGAAGUUCGUGCUUGAAAGGUGGAGGAUAGCUGACAAUGUUGAAGAGGAGUUAAAUUUGGAUGCUCAAACUGGCUCUCAAGCUGGCUCAAGUGACACAGAAAACGCUUAGCGAGUUGCUUCCCUUUCAUGAAUUUGAAGCAUUGUAGCUAGCAAUUAUAUUACACCUAUAGUGUCGUAGGCUGCAAAUAUAUUAUACCUUUAGUAUUCAUCAAGAUGCAAUUUUACAUAGAAACUCCUUAGAGCAACAUAAGCUUAGCUUAUUUCCAGCAUUUAUAAAUAGUCACAGCGCAUCGAAUCCUUUCUAGAUAUUUAUGGAGGGCAUAUAUUCAUCUUAUAUUGUGAGUCGAAGAUCUUUACUUUGCUUGAUCUCAAUAAUUCAGAUGUGUGGAUAAUUAGAUUA